AUGAUUGAGAGUGUACAAGCACGUCAACGAGGAGCAUAUGACUUUGAGGGUCACUAUGACAACCUGUGUGCCAUGCAGGAUUCCUGCCCCCUCCCUGCAGUCAAAGCCCAUCUGGGUCAGGCAGUGCUUGACCUCAAUGGGGACAGGGUCAGAGCUAAUGACUGGCAGCCGAUACUAAACACUCUCCGCAUCAAUAAGAACCUGGAGUUUAUUGCCUUCCGUAGCUACUAUCAACCUCCUUCUGAGGACAAUGAGAAGAAGGCUAUGAUUGAGAAGAGGAAGAUGCCAGCUGUACGGUCCAAAGAGAUCACCUACCGGCUAUGUAAGGCUUUAAAAGAAUGUCUGAUUCACACUCCAACAUUGUCCUGUCUGGAGCUUCAGGGUCUACCGCUUCGGGAACGGGAUCUAUCCACACUGGUGAAGGGCCUGGUAAAGAAUACAACAUUAAAUCACUUAUCAUUGGAAUACUGUCGCAUCGGAGAUGCUGGUCUAGAUAUUGUGAGUAAGGGUAUCAAGAAUUCCACAACCAUCAACUCAGUGAACUUUACUGGCUGCAGUCUGACAGGGCGCGGGUCUGAAUCUUUGGCCAAGGUUAUCAAGCAUCAGGCAAUGAAGCGCCACAAUGAGGCUUGGCGUGAUAGUCUACGAUACAGACGACCUGACCUUGACCGUAUGCCUGGCAUCCGUCGUAUCACCAUCAAUAACAAUCCUAUGUUAGGAGAUCAAGGCACUAGUCUAUUGGCAGAGGCUCUCAAGGAUGAUCUCUGGCUCAAAGCGCUGGACCUUCAAGGAUGUGGUAUCUCCUCAACUGGUGCAAAGGCAUUACUGGAUGUACUUAAAUAUAACACAACGGUGGUCGUACUGGACGUGAGACGCAACCCUCUCAUUGAUCGUGAAGUGGUACACUCCAUCAUGGAGCAGCUAAUGAUCAACUGUAAUGGCCAAGACACUGAGUACAAAUGGAUUAAAGCAGACGAUGCCUUAGAAGGAGGAAAAUUCAAAUCUGCGAAAAAACGUCGGACAAAGACCUUAAACUCAAGUUUUGGCCGGAAAGCCACAAUCAGGAUAUCUGCGGGAGCAGCACGGCGACGAACCAAGUCAGCAGGAGCAGUAGGUGUGGCCAGACGCCUCCAACUGAACAACGAAGGCACCAAGUCAGGCAUGCCAUGGAGAACUGCUGCAAGAGCCAACAGAUACAGGGGAUUUCCACCAGAACACAUCCCAGGAAAGGCAAGUCUGUUUGAGAACAGUGAGGCAUCCCCUAACACUUCCCCAGAUCACUCAGCGUCACUUCUCAUCACACACGAUGACCUGGAGGACGAGGACACCCUUAGGGAGUUGGAGAAAGUUGUCCUUGACGACAGUGCUCUCUCUACAGGAAUCAACAGUGCCAAGGAACUACAGAUAGAACUGAUACAGAUGAAGAGACAACUACAACAGGAGAGGCUUGCCAGGGCCAAGUGUGACAAGAAAAUCAUUGAAUUGUCUAUAGAAAACAGACGACUACAGGAUGACUAUGACCGUUUGAGAAGGAGUCAGUUUGGGAAUGGGGCACCUGGGGGUAAUAUUCUGGAUGAUGACAGUACACUGGAAAGUAUAGAAGGUGCCUUCAAACAAUUCCACCAGUUCCUCGACCUUCUCAAAGAUGCAGGUCUGGGACAGUUGAUCACAAUGGCUGGACUUGAUCACAAAGAAUCACCGUUUGUCAGUGCUAGUCAACUUCCCGUCACUAAGGGACAGAGCUAUAGUCAACAACCAAAGUCAUCUACGCCAUACAACAACUCAACUACAAGUCGUAUCCCACCACGCCCCACUAAACCUAUCACCAAGACCAACGGUUUCCUUGGGGAUAUUUCAUCAAGCAAUAAAGUGGUGACAUCUGGUGGAACCUUCAGUGUCUCCGCAGCCAAGGAUCCGACCAUGAAAGGACAUUUUGAGGGGACCUAUAACACCGCCGAGCAAGCGAAACAUGAUGAAUUGUAUGAGAGAAUAUUACAGGAGACUUCAAACGCAUUCCAUCAUAAUCGUGUUGAUGCGUUAUCUGCGGGUGGAAAGUCCCAAGGGGAGGCAAUCCAAGGUGACAGUAAACAGCAAAAUGGGGACAGUGGAAAUAAGGACAAAGCAAAGGAAUGGAGUAAAAAACUUGGUGAAGAAAUUGUGUUUGAUGCCAGCGAGGUGGAUGAUUCCCCUAAAGCUAGUCGUCCUGUGCCGCUACCACGGGGCAAGUCUGCUGAGGAUGAUGAUGUGGACUUAAAAAACAAUAAACCAUCUGAAAAAGGAAAACCUAUUGAUACAGCAGGACCUGGUCCCAGGGAGGGGUCACGCAUGAGCGAUUAUAAUUACAGUAUGGACAGUUUUGAACAGUCAUACCUAAGUGAACGUGGAGAGGUGGUUCGAUUUGAUGGAGAUUUUGACACUUAUGGCAGUUCACCAUCACCCCCACCCCAAAUUAUAGAGAGUGAAGAAAACGACUUCUAG